AGCAUCCGCGUAGCAUUUGCGCUCUAACACAUACAAAUAUCAUCUAAACUCUAAACUACUCAUCUACUCAUCAAGUCGGUUAACAUUCGCGGAUUCGCGCGUAUGAUGCAUUCGCUGACAAGUUUUUCGCAUCGAAUCAGUGUGAAUUUGUGGACUGUAAUAUCUCAUCAUCAUUAGUAUCAGAAAUUGAUAAUCAGAAUAUACGUGGCAUAAAGUGAUUAAAGGGUAUCUGUAAAAUAAAUGUAUUCUUGUUUCACAAGAGCCAGUGCGAUCAGCUCAAUUCCUAGUUCAAAUUGUUAGCUACACAGUUGCUUGCAUUUGAUAUUUAAAAUUACCGAAGAUGAACUCAAGAUUCAGCGGGGUUAAACUAGGACCUCCGAUAGAGGUUUUCGCCCUCCAGAAAGCUUUUGUGGAUGAUACUUACGAAAAGAAAGUAAAUUUGUCAAUAGGAGCUUAUCGUACUCCUGAAGGCAAACCUUGGGUGUUACCAGUUGUCAGAAAAGUAGAGAAAUCAUUAGCUGCUGAUGAACUACAAAAUCAUGAAUAUCUUCCAGUUUUGGGAUUAGAUGCUUUUAGCCAAGCAGCAACAACUAUGCUACUAGGAACAGAUUCCCCUAUUGUUGCUCAAGGUCGUGUUGUUGCUAUUCAAACAUUGUCUGGAACUGGGGCACUACGUGUUGCAGCUGAAUUCUUAAGUCGUAUACUACAUUACGAUACGUUUUAUUAUAGCAGACCUACUUGGGAGAACCACAAACUUGUGUUCAUUAGUGGAGGAUUUAAAAGAGCUUGUGAAUAUACAUACUGGAAUCCAAAUACUCGUAAUGUUGAUAUAGAAGCAAUGCUUAAAGAUAUUGAUGAUGCACCAGAAAAUUCAGUAAUUAUUCUACAUGCGUGUGCUCAUAAUCCUACUGGAUGUGAUCCAACUCCUGAGCAAUGGUCUAGAAUAGCUGAUUUAAUAGAGAAGAAAAAAUUGUACCCACUUUUUGAUAGUGCAUAUCAGGGUUUUGCAAGUGGUAAUUUAGAUAAAGAUGCUUAUGCUGUGAGAAUGUUCGCUGAACGUGGUAUAGAAUUCAUGUGUGCACAAAGUUUUGCUAAGAAUUUUGGAUUAUAUAAUGAAAGAGUUGGAAAUUUAGUAGUUGUUAUGUCUGAUGUGAAAGUAACAGCUCAAGUUAAGUCUCAAUUAACGUUGAUAGUUCGAGGAAUGUAUAGCAAUCCUCCCAAUCAUGGAGCAAGGAUAGUUGCAACAGUGUUGCGAAAUCCUGAUCUAUUCAAAGAAUGGAGUGGUCAUAUUAUUACAAUGUCUGGUAGAAUAAAGGAAAUGCGCCAAAUUUUGUAUGAAAGACUGGUUCGCUUAGGAACACCUGGUUCAUGGGAACACAUUAAAGAACAAAUAGGAAUGUUUUCCUACACUGGUCUUACUGAGAGACAAGUGGAACAUCUCGUAAAUCAUUAUCAUAUUUACAUGUUACGAAGCGGUAGAAUAAACAUGUGCGGACUCAAUGAACUCAACUUGGAUUAUGUUGCAAAUGCUAUCUACGAAACUGUUAUACUAUUUCCACAAAAUGAAAAAAACUGUACAUGUUAAAAUGGAUUCUUGAAAUAUCGUACCGUAUUAAGUAUAAUUGUUGUUGAAGUUUAGGCGGAAAGCAUGAUGGCAAUAUUUUAUACAUAUUCAAGUUACAUUAGAACUGUAGAAAUAUUCUAGAGUUGUUUUGUUACCAUCUUUAUAUAGUUUGCCUUUAAUUUACUAAAGUUGUGCUAAUAGUUUGCUUGUAGCCAGAUAUUAUUACAAUAUUAUGAAUUGCCAAAGUUUAAUAUUUACGUUAAUAAAAUCGCUUGUUAUUAAAAUCAUUUCAUUACAUUAAUUUCAUUCAAUUUUGAAUUGUAUGCAAUUAGAUUUUAUAAACUACUUCUUAUUCCAUAUAACGGUUUUAACAUUACAUUUGACACUGUUAGUUUUAAAAAAUAUAAAAUCUUCAAUCAAAAGCAGUAGUAAACGAUUGAUAUAUGAAAAUGCUCUAUGUAAUCUUCCAAUUAGCUCAUAGGGAAAGUACAAUCAACUUUUCCCUUAUUUUUCCGAAUUUUAGUUCAUGUAUUCGUACAUAAAUUAACGCUAAUAUUUCAAAUAUUUAUACGUAACACGAGAGAGAAACUAUACAUUUAUAAUGUUUACAGAGUAUCUAUAUACAUAUAUAUUUUUAGUAAAAUUGUUGUGACAUAUAAGCUUAGAACACUACUCGUUCGAAAGUCUGGACCAAAUUCACAACCUUAAAAUGUUUGUAAAAAUUAGUUACAAAUGAAACCCUAAACGAUCUUGUAUAUACUGCCAAAGUUGAUAAUUUGAAUAUGCAGUGACAGGGAUUACUUUUCUAUGUAUUUAUAUGAAACAAAUGUGGUGCAGAAUGCUAUUUAUAUUUUAUAAAAUAAUGUAUACUUUUGUAAAGAUAAGAAUCAUGUAGCCAAAAUACUAUUAUGUACUCUAGUUUUAACAUGCAUUUACUGAAAUUUUAAGUAUUGCAAUAGAGUAUUAGAGAAGUAGCCAUGUAAUGUCACAUUCAGAUAAAUGUUACAGUAAAUAUGUUAACAGGGGAUGCUGAAUAAUAGAAUUGUACACAAAUAUACUUGUUAUAAUAUGUAAAA